AUGUCGAGUACGCGCGAAGACGAGCUGACAAGCCUACGCAACGAGUGGUACGCGGGCGGCUCCUGCCUUUCCACUCUCGAGGGCCUCUGCAAGGAGCGCGGCAAGCGCACAUGCCUGGCUUACCGGAAGCUGAAGACCAUCGAGAGGGCCGAGACCACCACCAGUGAUGGCCGCAAGAAAGUGCUGGAGACGUAUGUCUUUGAGCCGGAGCUGAAGACCAUGAGCUACACCCGCUUCUGGAAGAGCAUCGUCAACUUUGGGCGCGGUCUCCACGAGAUCGGCCUCACGAAGGGCAACACAGUCUCCAUCUUCGAGGAGACCCGCUGGCAGUGGCUGUGUACCAUGUACAGCUGUUGGUCGCAGGACCUCCUCGUGUCCACUGUGUACGCCAACCUCGGUGAGGACGCGCUCCAGUACGCCUUGAACGAGGCUCAGUGCAAUGCGAUCGUGUGCAACGGCUCCAAGGUGGCGGACGUGCUCAGGAUGUUCAAGGUAAUCGAGGCGCCCAAGGACACCAAAGUCAUCUACCUCGAUGAGUUGCCGCCCUCGGUGAUGUCAGAGGAGUACGAGCUGUAUGCGUGGAACGACGUGAUGCUGCGUGGCAAGAGCAGCGAGGCCAGCUGCUGCAUCCCCAAUGGCGCCGAGAGCAAGGAUGAGCUCGCCCUCAUCAUGUAUACGAGCGGCACCACCGGCAACCCGAAGGGCGUCAUGCACACGCACGGCAGCCUCUACUGCGGCUGCAUGACGAUCAGUCAGCGAAUCAACGACCUGCUAGGGGAGAUGAAGGAGCAGGAGUGGUACUGCUCGUACCUCCCCCUUGCCCACAUCAUGGAGCUCGCCGUCACAUCGGUGCUCAUGAUGCGCGGUGUCAUCAUCGGUUACGGCAGCCCACGCACGCUUCUGGACACCUUCGCCAAGCCGUACGGCGACCUGACCGCGUACCGGCCUCUCGUCUUCGUCGCUGUCCCGCGUGUCUUUGAUAGCAUGAAGAGGGCCGUUGAGGAGAAGCUGCCGCCUCCGGGGUCUUUGAAGCGCAGGAUCUUCGACAAGGCCUACCAGACGCGUCUCAAGGCGCUCAAGAAUGGCUGCGACACGCCCUUCUACAACAAGAGGGUUUUCGCCAAUGCCCGUAAGGUGCUGGGCUGCCGCGUGUACGCGAUGCUCAGUGGCGGCGGCCCGCUCUCGGCGUCCACGCAGGAGUUCAUCAACGUGGUCUUUGGCAUGGUGAUCCAGGGCUGGGGCAUGACAGAGUCAGUUGCCUGCGGCUGUAUCCAGCGCACGGGCAACCUUGACUACAACUGCGUUGGCCAGGUCCUCAAGACAGCGGAGGUGCAGCUGUUGGACACGGAGGAGUUCAAGCACACGGAUCAGCCAGAGCCGCGCGGUGAGUUGCUGCUGCGCGGGCCCUUCCUCUUCAAGGGCUACUACAAGCAACCGGAGCAGACCCGGGAGGCGCUAGACGAUGAAGGGUGGCUCCACACCGGCGACGUGGCUUCCAUGGCUUCGAACGGCACCGUACGCAUCAUUGGCCGCGUCAAGGCGCUCGCCAAGAAUGCCAACGGGGAAUAUUUGGCGCUUGAGAUGCUGGAGAGCAUCUACGGCACGAACGAAAUCGCCGUGCCGAACGGCGUCUGCGUGCUCGUCGACCCGCACCGCAGCUACAUCACCAUCAUCGUCUUGACCACCGAGAAGCUGGUGAAGGCGUUCAUGGAAAAGCACAAGGUUAAGAACGGCGAAUUUCCUGCCAUCCUGGACGACGCGGAGUUCGUGAGCCUGGCGCUCCAAAGUCUCCAGAAGACUGCCCGUGACGCGAACCGCUGCUCGUUCGAGAUUGUGCAGGGCGUGAAGCUGCUGAACGAGGAGUGGACACCGGAGAAUGGCGUGCUGACGGCCGCCAUGAAGCUCAAGCGCCGCGUCAUCAAUGAAAAUUACGCGGAUAUCAUCUGCAAGCUCUUCGAGAAGAAUCAGUAG